AUGCCUAUUUCUUAUUCUACAUCUGCUUCUAUUGUCUCUGUAGCCUCAGAAAAGUCAGCUUGCCCAUCUCUGGAAGAUUCUCCACCCUUCCCACCAUCAUUCAAGUCUUAUACGUGGAGCAGUUUGGUUGGCUCUGAACUACGACAGUUGGUGCAGAACUACAGGCCAUCAGGACUGGAGAGAAAUUCUUCCCUAGGACUCUAUGGAGACAGGGACACUCCUUCUCAUCCCUCACCUCUGUACAGUUCGGAGAGGGGUGUUCAUGGGCUGUAUGGGGACUAUGCACAGGGAGUGUCUCAGGUGUUCUCCACACCUCAUGGAUUAGAGGUUCAUGUACGUAGAUCACACAGUGGGACAAGACCAUUUGCAUGUGAAAUGUGUGGAAAGACAUUUGGCCAUGCUGUCAGCUUAGAGCAACAUAAAGCUGUCCAUUCUCAGGAGAGAAGUUUUGAUUGUAAAAUAUGUGGUAAAAGUUUUAAGAGAUCAUCCACACUUUCCACACACCUACUUAUCCACUCGGACACAAGGCCGUACCCCUGUCAGUAUUGUGGCAAGCGUUUCCACCAGAAGUCAGACAUGAAGAAACACACGUUUAUACAUACAGGUGAGAAACCCCACAAGUGUCAAGUGUGCGGCAAAGCAUUCAGUCAGAGCUCAAACCUGAUUACUCACAGCCGAAAACACACCGGCUUCAAGCCUUUUGGUUGUGACCUGUGUGGGAAAGGUUUUCAGAGGAAGGUGGAUCUAAGAAGACAUCGUGAAACACAGCAUGGACUCAAAUGA